CAGUCUCCGCCAAGAUGAGCUACAUCCUGGAAACAGUGAGUAACCCUUCCCCGUACAGGAGGGUCGAGACUAGGAGCUACAGCAGCCGAGCAAGUGCCUCUCCUUCCAGCGGCUUCCGGUCUCAGUCUUGGUCCCGGGGAGGUCCGGGCACCAUCGCAACCUCUUCGUCCUCCUCCUACCGCCGCCUGGCCAGUGUCCAGGCUCCCCGAGCUUACAGCUCAUCCGACAGCCUGGACUUCAGUCAGUCCAGUGCCCUGAACGGAGAUUACAAAGUGAUCCGCAGCAAUGAGAAGGAGUUAUUGCAGGGAUUGAAUGAUCGCUUCGCUGGUUACAUCGACAAGGUGCAUUACCUGGAACAGCACAACAAGGAGCUGGAAGCCGAGAUCCAGGCACAUCGACAGAAGCAGGUAAGCCACGGGCAGCUGGGCGAUGCCUAUGACCAAGAGCUGAGAGAGUUGAGGUCUCUGAUCGAGCAAGUGAACCAUGAGAAAGCUCAGAUCCAGCUGGACACUGACCACCUGGACGAGGACAUCCAGCGCCUGAAGGAUCGCUUUGAGGAAGAGGCUCGCCUUCGGGACGAGACGGAGGCCACCAUCAGGGGCUUGAAGAAGGAGAUGGACGAUGCCGGUUUGCUGAAGGUGGAGAUGGAGAAGAAGGCUCAGUCCCUGCAGGAUGAGGUGGCGUUCCUCAGGAACAACCACGAGGAAGAGGUGACCGACCUGUUCGCCCAGAUCCAAGCCUCUCAGAUCACCGUGGAAAGGAAGGACUUCCUCAAGACCGACCUCACCUCUGCCCUGAAGGAGAUCCGCUCCCAGCUCGAAGGUCACUCGGCGAAGAAUCUGCAGCAGACCGAAGAGUGGUUCAAAUGCCGCUAUGCCAAGCUCAACGAGGCGGCCGAGAUGAACAAGGACGCCAUCCGCUCGGCCAGGGAGGAGAUCAACGAGUACAGGCGCCAGCUGCAGUCCAAGAGCAUCGAGCUGGAGUCGGUGAGGGGAACCAAGGAGUCCCUGGAAAGACAGCUCAAUGACAUCGAGGACCGGCACAACGCCGAUGUGUCAAACUACCAGGAAACAGUCCAGCAACUGGAGAAUGAGCUCCGCAGUACAAAAUGGGAAAUGGCCCGUCACUUGAGGGAAUAUCAGGAUCUGCUGAAUGUGAAAAUGGCCCUGGAUAUCGAGAUUGCUGCCUACAGAAAACUCCUUGAAGGUGAAGAAUCAAGGUACACCUUCUCUGGAAGUAUCACUGGCCCUUCCUUCCCGUAUAGACCUCCAAGCACACCCACUGCCCCUACCAAAGUACAGAAAACUAAAGAAGCACCAAAGCUAAAAGUCCAGCACAAAUUCGUCGAAGAGAUAAUUGAAGAAACGAAAGUGGAGAAUGAGAAAGCAGAGCUGGAUGAGCUUGACCUGGCUGUGGCAGUGGAAGAGAUUGCAGCUGAACGCAGUGCAGAAGAACAGGAGGAAGAGGAGGGGGAGGAGGUGGUUGAAGAAGUGAUUGUGGCUGAAGUCAAGGCUGGAGUUCAGGCAGAGCCAGAGGAAAAGGGCAAGGAAGAGGAGGAGGAAAAGGAAGAAGGUAAGAAGGAGGAAGAGGAGGAAGGCGAACAAGAAGGUGAUGGUGAACAGCAAGAAGAGGAGAAGGGUGAGGAGGAAGAGGAAGGUAAGGCUGAGGGAGUAGAAGAAAGUGAAGAAGUAGAGGAGAAGAUUGAAAGUGUGAAGGUGGAGAAAGCAAAAGCUCAGCCAGAUGAAGCAAAGGAUCAGGGUAAGGAAGAAAGCGAGGAGGAGGAGGAGGAUAGAGCCAGCAAGGAGGAAGAGGCUGGCAAAGAGUCUGGAAAGGAAAGUGCAGAAGAUGGAGAGGAUGAAGCUCAGGAAGAGAUGAAGAAGGAUGAGGAAGUGGUAGAAGAGAAGGUGGUUUUUGAGAAAAAGGUCGAGACAGUUGGAGAAGGAAAAGAAUCAGCAACUGAAGUCAAAUCACCAGAGAAAGAGGAAGUCAAAGCUGAAACUGAAGACAAAACAAAGAAAGAAGAGAAAGCAGAAGCUGAGGAUAAGAAAGACGAAGCAAAGGCCAAAGAUGAAGGCACGGCCAUCAAUGGAGAGAUUGAAGAGAAAGCAGAAGACACCGAGAAAAAGGAGGAAGAGACACAACUCCUUUCCAAUGGUGUAGAUCAAAGCCCCACAAAGGAGGAAGAGUCUGACAUUAUUUCCCACACAAAGACCGCAACAAAGACAAUCCACAAAGUGGUGGAUGAAGAUGAGGGGACCACAAAACACAUCAAAGAGAUAACCAAAUCUGUUACGGUAACUCAGACAGUCGAAGAGAUGGAAGAGGUGGUCCAGGAGACGAUAGUGUCUACUAAGACAAUUGAGAAGACCUCACACUCGGUGCUAAAGAAAGAGGAGGAUAAUGAGUGAACCAAACCUCAUGAAGCAACGGGGAUGGCACUUGACAGCAAAAGAUGCAUGGGUGUGACAGCUUUACGGCCUUGAGCAGAAUGGGUUCUGCCUUGAGGAGCUCCAGACUUCCCGUCUUUUCCUUUUGUGCAAUAGAAGAAACUGCAUGCAAGUUAACAAUGUGCCCUCCACAGUGCUGAAAUUACAAGGAACCACUGAAAGAAUAAAAUCCAAUACAACUGAAAGCCAAAAUGCAUGGAAGAAUAUGCACUGAGUCGUGACAAACAACAAAAUGUCCAAGAGAAGAUCUCUCAACUGUUGGAGGGGCACUUUUGAGAAAGUCAAAAGAUGUAUUAUGCAAAGAAUAAACUGAGCCAAAAAGUUUAAAAAAAACUAAAAAAAAAUCCUUAGCCUUAAACAGCUCAUUGAUUAAUCUAUGUUUACCUCACGAGUGCUAUUACAAUGGACUUCCAUUGGUGGGAGGGAGGGUCUACUGAUCAUUCACCAACAUGCCACAGUUUAUCACCCCAUGUGAAACUUCACUGCAGUACUUG